AUGGACAGCUUGCGGCGGUCACGCAGAGAAGAGCAGCAGCGAAUACGCGAAUUCGGCAUCGGUGGGGGCGGCGCCGAGGCAGUGCAUUGUUUUACCGCCGGCGACGACAAAAUUGACCGUGGUGCUGACUUUCGUCAUACGAAGGGCCGCAUCACUCGCGAGCAGAAUACAGAGCAAUGCAUCGCGCUCAUCGACUAUGAUGCGCUCGACGACGACGAGAUCAGCUUCAGGGCCGGCGAUGUGAUCAACGUAACAGGGAAGGGGACCGCCUCUGGGUUCUGGGAGGGCUACGUGGUCAUCUCAGCCCCUCCCGUGCUCGCUACGUCCGAGCUCAGUGACGCGGAGCACAGUAGCUCUCUCUUGCACUCUUCCACUGCUUCGCUGUCUUCACUACACCCCCAGCAGCGCUCUACGUGUGGCCUCUUCCCGAACUGUCUCGUCACUUCUAACAUGCGCUUCAGGUACUCGUUGUCGCACUACGCCUUGCAGAACGUUGCGCUGUGCCUAUACGCGUACCAGGCCACCGGCGAUGGCGAAAUGUCGUUCGUCGCUGGUGACAUAAUCACGGCGGUGCGUCCCAGCUCUUCACCAGGGUGGUGGUACGGCGUCAAGAGCAACGGACCCACGUGGGUGGCACCGAGCGCAGAGAAGGCUUCAUCGUCGCCGGUGGCGGCCUCAGCCCGCUUUGCCGAUCCGGCAGCCGCCAUCAAUUCCUCUGCAUCCCGGGCAGAAGGAAAAGCACAGACAACGAUAAAUGCAGCCCCGCAAGGGAACGCGAGGGCGCGGGGUGUCCACGGCAAAGAUGAGGAGCGUCUUUUCCCCACGAACUUUGUGACGUGUGACGUGGUGCAGGUCAACUUUAACUUUACUGGUCGUCAGCCGCACGAGCUGAGCUGCAAAGUCGGCGAUAUCAUUCAGAUGCAUCGCCGAUGGAACGAUGGGUGGUGGGAGGGCUCCCUGCGCGGCCACCGUGGCAUCUUCCCGAGCAACUACACUAUCCCUAAUAUCGCCACAACAGCACCACCGCUCUUUUGUGCGCGGUGUCGCACCAUCUUCCCGUCUAACGUAUUCUAUUCGACAUGCGCCAUGUGCGCGGCGGAACAGCGGGUCGAGGACGCGAUGAUGCAGGCUAUGGAAGCGUACGUGCGCGGCGAGACAACAGAGCUCGACCUCUUCGCGGGUGUCGACAUCAGUCUACACACGUCGGCAGAGGGUGCCUCUGACGGCGAUACUGGCUUGGAUGGAGCUCUGAGGCAGUCGUCUCGCGAGGCGAGCCGCGGCGACUCGCGCAACUUGACGCGAGGCUCCAGCACAAGCAGCCCCAGCACUUGCAGUGACAGGGGUACCUCCUGCCCGCGCCAGCGUCAGCGUCAGCGUGGUGGUAGAGUGUCAUCUCAGACACGUGUGUCCUUGCUCACGGAGAAGGACAUGGCUGACCUGGCCUCCAACCGGGUGAAGUUGAUGGAGUGA